GUAAAAGAGGGCUGCCUACUAAAAAAAUAAGCGAAUUGUUCAAUUUUUUUUAAUUUUCAUUUCCCACUUUUUUUUUUGGGAUACUGACGGUGUUGUGCUUUUAGUGCUUUUUUUUUUAUCUUUUUGCUUUGUUGUUUACUUGCAUCCUUGUCGGGUUGUAUAGACUUGCUGCUUUUCCAAGUCUACGGUUGUCACUUUUACCAUUCUCCAAAUUACAGCCGCCUGCUACUCUUGUCACUUUCGUCAAGCUGGAGAAUUUCACCAUCCCUGACCCAACGUCCGCCGUCAACUUUACAGUGGAUUCCUCUUCCCCUUCCUUUACGCGCGCCGACUUCAUCUUCAAUCAACCUCGCUAAAAACUUCCUCCCCAUGGCAGCAAGCCAAUUAUCAUCGACCAAAGCGAAAGCAACCACAGCACAACACACAGUCACCAGUGAACGCUCAUCAUUACCAGAAACUAUCGGGAAACGCGUUGAUCCAGAUUACUCCAAAACCUUGCAUAACAAAGUCAAGUCUAUAUUCGGAAUCCACCAUGAUGGUUUUCCCGGAUCACAACCUGUCACAUUCGACGCAAAGCAUUUACGAGAUUUGGAACGCGAAGAUUAUUUCGUUUGCGAAAAGAAUGACGGUGAACGAUAUCUUUUGUUCUUUGUACAUUCACCCAAAGGCCCCGCAGCUUUUCUCUUUGACCGCAAUCGAAUAUGGUACUAUGUCCCCAAUUUAGUUUUUCCUUUACGCGGGCGGGAAAAGGAAUACCUAAAAGAUACACUGAUGGAUGGGGAAUUGGUCAUGGAUAAAGAUAACGACCAGACAUCAUGGCGAUUUCUGGUAUUUGAUCUCAUGGCGAUCAAUGCCGUGCCUGUGACGCAACGUUCAUUCAACACGCGGUUAGGUAUGGCACAGCAAGAAGUUAUUCAGCCUUUCAAUGCCAGUUUGCGUCACGUACCACGUCCCCCGUUUACUAUUGAACUGAAGAAAAUGGAACGUUCGUAUGGUUUGCAUCUUGUGUUUGAUCAAGUCGCCAAAUCGAAACACGAAAGUGACGGGGUCAUCUUUACACCUGUCAAACACCCAUACGUUUCAGGCACAUGCGAAAAACUACUAAAAUGGAAACCUCCCGAACAUCAUACCGUUGAUUUUAGAAUUUCUGCUCGUUGGAGUAAAGAACACAAGCCGAUCUAUUCCCUCGAAGUAUUAUCGCACGGUGUAACCUAUAAAUUUUAUGAUCAGUUUCAACCGGAACCGGCACUGGCAUCACAAUGGAAAAGUCAUUUACCAGAUGGACGUAUUGCCGAAUUCAGAUAUGAUCCCAACUGGGAAAUGACCAUUAUCGAGCAAGGCUAUGCACCUACCACACGAAAAGGGGGAUGGAGAUUUGUCCGAUUCCGUGAUGAUAAAGGGGCGGCCAACGACGAAAGCAUGGUAAAAAAUACGAUGCGAAGUAUCCGGAAUGGCGUCUCCAAAGAACAACUACUGGCUCAUAUGGAUAAAGUGCGUACAGCAUGGAAAGCCCGUGAAAAAGGCCUUCCUAUGCCAUCUUUUUCUUCUUCGACGACUUCUAAAUCAACCGACACUUUAUCCCUUUCCACGUCUACCAAUUCCAAUCAUCAAUCAGCGAUCAGCCCUUCUUCAGCAUCCAUUCUACCCUCCCCCUCGGUUGUUCAAUUGAUCUAGGCUCUUCUGUCGUUCGACGUCCGUCCGACAUUGUCACUCCCGAAAAAGAAUCUUCUCCAUCAGCUCCAAAGUCCAAAGGGAAAGAGACCACGGCCGACACUUUGGAAUCCACCAAAGCAACAUCAUCAUCCAAGCGAUCCAGCUCCAUCGAGUCUCAUGGCCCGCUGAUCAAGGAAGAGGAAAAAUCGACCGAGGAUGCCGC